AUCGUCAUUUCGUCUAGCUUUAUCACCUAAAAAAACCCACCAUCCACUCGUCUCCUUCCUCCGCCAUCGUCUCCGCGGCACCAUGGCCACGGCGACACCACAGCAAUGCUGCCUUCCGGUCCGCGCGCGCCCUCCUCCCACCUCCACUCCCCUGCGCCUACGCUACCUCACCAGAGCAGCCUCCUCCUUCCACUUCCCGGGCCGCCGCACGGCAACGGCAAGAAGGAGAGGAAGAGCCGCCUUCGCCUUCUCCCCCAGAUGCACGUUGGAAACGGGUGGCCCGGCCUUUGAUCCUCUAGGGCUCUACGGGGAGGACCCGUCCAGUUCUGAUUAUCAGUCUCCCUUCUCGACACUUUUCGGUGUCCUGUCUCCAGUGUUCGGGAGCUCCAGUGGAUCCAGGAAAGAGAAGUCAUCCUAUGGCCGAGGAGCAGCAGCUGCAAUGGAGGACAGUACUAUUGACUUUGGUGACUUCUUCAAGGGCCCUCUGCCCGGGAAGUUUCUGAAGCUCCUUGGGUUUUUGGCAUUGUCUCGACUUGGUGUGUAUAUACCUUUGGGUGGAGUGAACCAAGCAGCUUUUGCUGGUAAUCUUGACCAGAACAGUUUGCUGGGCACUUUAGAUUCUUUUUCUGGUGGAGGUAUUGGCCGGCUUGGUAUAUGCUCCCUCGGCAUUGUUCCGUUCAUCAAUGCACAGAUUGUGUUUCAGCUCCUUACUCAGCUUUACCCAAAAUUGCAAGAGCUUCAGAAAAAAGAAGGGGAGGCAGGUAGAAAAAAGAUUCUUCAGUACACAAGAUAUGCAUCUGUUGGUUUUGCAAUUGCCCAGGCUAUCGGGCAAGUUCUUUUUCUUCGUCCUUAUGUUAAUGACUUCAGCACAGCAUGGGUGCUAACAUCUGUGACUCUAUUGACGCUUGGAUCGGUGUUCACAACUUUCCUUGGUGAAACAAUAUCUGAGUUGAAACUCGGGAAUGGAACAUCUCUCCUUAUAUUUACAAGUAUAAUUUCGUAUUUGCCUGCAUCAUUUGGAAGGACAGUUGCAGAGGGAUUUCAAGCAGGCAAUUAUGUUGGACUUCUCACAAUCAUAUUGUCAUUCUUUUUCUUAGUUCUUGGGAUUGUCUAUGUCCAGGAAGCUGAGAGAAAAAUACCACUGAACUAUGCUUCUCGAUAUGGCAGUCGAACUGGAGGACCCCAACGUUCUGCAUAUCUACCUUUCAAGGUCAAUAGUUCUGGUGUCAUGCCUAUCAUAUUCUCUACAUCUUCAUUGGCUUUACCUGCUACUUUGGCACGUUUCACUGGCUUAGAUUUUCUUAAAAAGGCUGCCAUAGCCCUAACUCCAGGAGGUUCUUUUUAUCUUCCAACUAAUGUAUUGCUUAUAGCCUUUUUCAAUUACUAUUACACUUUCCUUCAAUUGGAUCCUGAUGAUCUUAGUGAGCAAUUGAAGCGAACAGGUGCGUCAAUACCGCUUGUGCGGCCAGGAAAAAAUACAGCUGCCUUUAUUAAAACAGUUCUUAGUCGUAUCUCUGUCCUAGGAUCUGCCUUUCUCGCUGUACUAGCUGCUGGACCAUCUGUGGUUGAACAAAUCUCUCACUUGACAGCAUUUCGGGGAUUCGCUGGUACAUCAGUGCUUAUCCUUGUUGGAUGUGCAACCGACACGGCUCGGAAAGUUCAGACAGAAAUAAUUUCUCAGAAAUAUAAGGACAUCGAGUUCUAUGAUGUCAAAAGUUCUGACAAAUGAUUAUCUUCCGAACAUGUACUUAAAUAUAAUCUCGUAUAAAUGAUUGUUGUGUCAUUUGGUAGUACUAUUUCAUUAUUCUUUUCCUUUUUUUCUCUUCUGUGUAUAUCAGUUAGAUCUUUUCUAGAGGAUCAGAGUUCGGAAAGCAUCAGUAUGUAAAAGAUACUCUAUAGCUGUGGAAGCUUUACAGCUCAUGGAUAUUUCUGUUGUGGAGUGAUCUGAUGUGAUCUCUGUACCCUGGAGAAGGGAUUUUAAACUUUAUGUAUAUUGCUUCUUAAAUUUUAGAACUAAAGUAUUGGAGAGUGUUCAACA